AUGUCCGCACUUGACGUAGAGGCUCUCCUUGAGUCUACCGCGGCUGCUCCCGCCGUUGCGCCCGCCGCCCCGGAAGGACGUGACCGUUCCCGCGACAGACGCCGCCGUAGCGAACGCAGCCGUGAUCGCCGGCCUGAUCGAGACACUGACGGCGAUGAUGCAAUGAAAAGCGACUCUGCUAGUGCUAACGGAAGCCUUAGAAGCCGAAAGAGAAGCAGGAGCCGCGAGUCCGAGCGGCGCCGCCCUCGCCGCGACGGCUACCGCUCAAGUGGUGACUUCUAUCGUGGUGGAGGUCGUGCUCAUUCCCGCUCCCGUUCGCCCUAUGGUGAUCGCCAUUACAGGCCAAACCGCCGUGACCGCGACGAAGAAAGGCGCCCCCGCCGUGACGAUGCCCGCCGUGGGUCCCCCGCUCGCAAGUCCCCUGAACUCACCGAAGAUGAACGUGACAAGCGUACCAUCUUUGUGCAGCAACUGGCUGCUCGUCUGCGCACCAAGGAUCUGAUAGCCUUCUUUGAAAAGGUCGGCCCCGUCAAGGAGGCUCAAAUCGUUAAGGAUCGCGUUAGCGGACGCAAUAAAGGUGUUGGUUAUGUCGAGUUCAAAUCGGAGGAGUCCGUGACAGCCGCUAUUCAACUCACCGGCCAGAGACUGUUAGGAAUCCCGAUCAUCGCGCAACUGACCGAGGCGGAGAAGAACAGACAAGCUCGCAAUCCCGCGGCUACUUCAGGCAGUCAUCACACCGCGCCAUUUCACAGACUCUAUGUGGGUAAUGUUCAUUUCAGUAUCACCGAAUCUGAUCUCAAUAAUGUCUUCGAACCGUUCGGUGAGCUCGAGUUCGUUCAGUUGCAAAAGGACGAAACCGGUCGAAGCAAGGGUUAUGCCUUUGUCCAAUUUGCCAAUCCCGAGCAGGCUCGUGAUGCGUUGGAAAAGAUGAACGGAUUUGAACUUGCUGGACGAGCUAUUCGCGUUGGUCUCGGCAAUGAUAAGUUCACCCCUGACUCGAACGGCAAUCGUCCGUCAGGUUCAUCUACAAACCAGCAAUUCCAGGGAUCUUCAUUCUCCGGCCAGGGUGGCCGAGGCGUUCAAGCCGGAGGCUCCAAUGCCUUUGACCGUGCUAGCGGCAGGGAAUCCCAGAAGGGUGCCGGUGCUAGCGCCCUCGAUGACACGGAUGUUGCCGGUGUGAACUUCAACAACUAUUCUAGAGAUGCAUUGAUGAGGAAGCUUGCACGAACAGAUGAACCCCAGCCUUCCGUCGACGACCAACAGAAAUUCCUCCGACCGAAGACUGAAACUAAGCCGCUCCCUGUCAAUGUUAACAUGGCUAGUCGGUGCGUUCUGCUCCGCAAUAUGUUUGACCCUGCCGAAGAGACCGGCGAAAAUUGGAUCAAGGUCCUGGAGGAGGACGUUCGCCGCGAGUGUGAGGACAAAUACGGCCGCGUUGUUCACAUUUCUCUAGAUGCCACUUCCCAGGGAGAUAUCUACCUGAAGUUCGACCGCGUUCAAGGUGGUGAGAACGCCAUCAAGGGCCUCAACGGUCGAUUCUUCGGUGGCAGACAGAUUACUGCCCAACCCGUUGUGGAUGCUGUAUACAGCACUCUUUUCUCCCGGACCAAGGCUAUCUAA